ACGAUGGAGAAGCUAUCUUCUUCGCAUGUUUUUCCUUUUUGACAGUGGUUUUAGUAGAUCUGAACUGUAGUUUCUGAACCUGGUGAGUUUUGUUUGGUUUGGUAGAAAAACAGGAAGUAGAAAAAGUUCUGGUUCCACUGGGGCUCGAACCCAGGACCUUCUGCGUGUAAAGCAGACGUGAUAACCGCUACACUAUGGAACCGUCAGGUGGAGCUGCUGUAGUGGGCGGAGCCUUGUAAUAAGAGCCUGUCCUGCACCUGCACAGGUCAGAGCUCAUCACCUGCUGAGAGGAGAAGAAGAGCUGCUCUGCAGUCUUGUGCUGUCCAACAUGACGACUUCCUGUCCGGAGUUUGACGUGACCGUCUACACCUCACCUGGAGCCACCUCUGGAACCUUCAACCACCUGUGGCUCAGUCUGAUUGGUUCGCAGGGCGAGACUCCGCCCAUCAUUGUGAACACUCAUCAACAUCUCCUGCCUGGAUCCAACAUUCAUGUUUCAGUCCUCUCUAAUGGUCAACUGGGUCGGCUGGUCCUGGUCCGCCUCCGGCUGGAGACCCGGCCUGGAUUCCCCGAUGUGAACUGGCGCUGCAGCAAGGUGGAGGUCCGUCAGCGAGCUGAAGCCCUGGGAGCUUCAGGAGCUCAGAUGUUCCUGGGCGACAGGUGGCUGCAAACAGCUGAUGGUGACGUGGAGCUGAGCAGUGCCAAGUUGUGGCUGACGGCCGAUGAACGUGAAGAGAAGCUGAAGCAGCAUCGGCUCAAACAGCUGCAGCAGCAGCAGCAGUUCUUCAGGUGGCGUCACACUGUGGACGGCGUUCCUCAGGGUGUGGACCUGAAGAGCGUGGCUGAGCUCGGGCCGAACCUCAGAUUCACCACCAAGAAUCCACCCCCCAACUUGUACUACCUGAAAGGCUUCACUGACAAGCUCAGGUCCUGGAGCGGGUUCUCAGAGGUGGAGACYCUCUUUGCGUUCACUGGAGCCCAAAACAAUGUUGGCAGGUUCAUAAAGACCCACUGGAAGGAGGACUGGUACUUUGGCUAUCAGUGUCUGAACGGCUCCAACCCUCUGCUGAUCCGUCAGAUCCAGCAGCUUCCUCCAAACCUGGCUGUGAACUCUGACAUGCUCCGCCCCUUCCUGCCCAAAGGCUCCUCCCUCAAAGAUGAGUUGAAGAAAGGAAGCAUUUACCUGCUGGAUUAUGAGCUGCUGGAUGGACUUCCAGCUAACCUGAUCAACGGGAAGCAGACGUACCUGCCGGCCCCCCUGUGCCUUCUGCACCUGAACCAGGAGAAACAGCUGGUCCCUAUUGCCAUCCAGCUCCUGCAGACCCCCGGCCCUCAGAAUCCCGUCUUCUUGCCCUCUGACUCCGGCACUGAUUGGCUGCUGGCAAAGAUCUGGGUUCGCUGUGCAGACUUCCAGCAUCACCAGCUGGUCUCUCACUUCCUGAGGGCCCACAUGAUGGCCGAGCUGGGCUGCGUGGCCACGCUGAGACAACUGCCAGACCGCCACCCCAUGCACGAG